AUGGCCCCCAAGACUGCCACGCGCAAGGCUUACAUCGUCGGCGUCGGCCAGACCGCCUUCGAGAAGCCCCGCAACCGUGUCGACUAUCCCGAGCUCGCCGUCGAGGCGGCGACCAAAGCGCUUCUCGACGCCGGUGUCAACUACGACGAGAUCGAGCAGGCCUUCGCCGGCUACGUCUACGGUGACUCGACCUGCGGGCAGCGCGCGCUGUACGCCCUCGGCAUGACCAAGAUCCCGAUCAUGAACGUCAACAACAACUGCUCGACUGGGUCCUCGGCUCUGUGGCUCGCCCGCCAGGCCAUCGAGUACGGCAUCGCCGACUGCGUCAUGGCGCUCGGCUUCGAGAAGAUGGCGCCGGGAUCGCUCACCAACGCGUUCAACGACCGCGACCCGCCGCUGAGCAAGACGGUCGGGCUCAUGGCCGACAUGGACAAGAUGACGACCGGCCCGUUCGCCGCCCAGAUCUUUGGUAACGGCGCGCAAGAGUACAUCGAGAAGUACGGCGCCACGUGGGAGGACGUCGCCGCCAUCGCUGCCAAGAGCCACACGCACUCGGUCAACAACCCCUACGCCCAGUUCCACAACGCCAUGACGACCGAGGAGGUGCUCGCCGACAAGAAGGUGACGGACAAGCUCACGCGCGCCAUGUGCUGCCCGACGUCGGACGGGUCGGCGUGCGCCAUCGUUUGCUCCGAGGACUUUGUCAAGGCGCACAAGCUCGAGAACCAGACCAUCGAGAUCGCCGCCAUGGCCAUGGCGACCGACUCGCCGCGCCUGUUCGAGGACCGCAGCUCGAUCGAGCUCACCGGCGCCGACAUGACUCGCACUUGCGCCAAGGAGGUCUACAGCAAGGCCGGCAUCACCGUCGACCAGGUCCAGGUCAUCGAGCUGCACGACUGCUUCGCCGCCAACGAGCUCCUCCUGUACGACGCACUCGGCCUGUCCAAGCCCGGCAAGGCGCACGAGCUCGUUCGCAACAGGGACAACACGUUUGGCGGCCGGUUCGUCGUCAACCCGUCCGGCGGUCUCCUGUCCAAGGGUCACCCUCUCGGCGCGACGGGCAUCGCUGCGGCCUGGUUCGUCGUCCAGCAGCUGCGUGGGUGGGCCGGCCCGAUGCAGGACCCUCGCGUCGUGCCCGGCGUCAUGGAGAAGGACGGCAAGACGGCGUACGGCCUCGCGCAUAACCUCGGCCUCGGCGGCAGCUGCGUCGUGACCCUCCUCCGCCGCCCGAGCUUCUACGAGUCGGAGAAGAAGGGGCCCGAUGGCCGCGACCGGCUCGGGUACGAGCACGGGCACGAGUGCCGCCCCGUCACCAUGGCCGACGUCGACAAGGUCAAGAGCAAGAAGGCGUUCUCCAAGUGGGCCGAGGCGAACCUCUGAGUGCUCGAGCGAGCGAGGAGAGCGGGUUCGAGGAGGGUCUGUGCGAGCGUCUCUAUUUUGUUGCGCCUCUCUGUCGGCAAUGUACAGCAAUCAGUCACU